GCCCCCGUGCUCCUCUUCCUCUUCCUCAUCCCACCCAACCCUCCCCCUCAAAUCUCCCGAACCCCGGCUCCGUCCCACCCAGCCCCGGCGAGAUCAGAUGCCGGCGCGCCGCUGAUCGCGGAAGCGGGAGUGGAGGAGCUAGGGGCGAUGCGGGCGAGCCGGCCAGCGGUCCACCCUGUGGAGGCGCCGCCGCCGCCGCCGACGGCGCCGGCGCAGCCGCAGGGGGAGGUGGAGGGCGUCGCGCACCCGCGUGGGGUACGAAUGAAAGACCCGCCGGGGGCGCCGGGGACGCCCGCGGGGCUCGGCCUCCGCCUCGCGCAAGCAUUCUUCGCAGCCGCCGCGCUCGCCGUCAUGGCGUCCACCAACGAUUUCCCGUCCGUCUCGGCCUUCAGCUACCUUGUUGCGGCAGCCAUUUUGCAAUGCUUAUGGAGCCUUUCACUAGCCUUUGUGGAUGCUUAUGCACUUCUUGUCAAACGUUCUUUAAGGAAUCCCCAAGCAGUUUGUAUAUUUACCAUUGGAGACGGGAUCACGGGAACACUCACGUUGGGUGCGGCAUGUGCAUCAGCAGGCAUAACUGUUCUCAUUGGUAACGAUCUUAACAUAUGCGCAGAAAAUCACUGUGCAAGUUUUGAGACUGCCACCGCAAUGGCUUUCAUCAGCUGGUUUGCACUCGCGCCAUCCUGCAUCUUUAAUUUCUGGUCAAUGGCCUCCAGAUGAGGAUGUAGAAGGCAGAAAACAUAAUAUUUUGGAUUGUUUGUGCACUGGUUUAUGGUUUGUGACCACAGUACAGCUAAUUAUAAUACAACCAGGAAUUGAUGAAUGGCUUCGGAAUGUAGCAUGUGGCCGAAUUGUGUGUACAAAAUAGUGGAAUGUUUUUCUUUUUGUAUCGGAGAGGGAUGUUCUAAAGCUCUGCAAUUGUUGUUCUUUAAACCCUUGUAUGAGGCUUCUUGUAACCUGGAAUGUAGCAUAUAUAGCUUGAGAUAAUGGCUUUUCUGUAA